AUGGUUGUCCUCCGCUUCCUCGUUGCCGUCCUACUAUCCUCGACGACGGCGCUCAUCCCGGGCGCUGCAGAUUCAUCUCACUACUCGUGCAACCGCACCACGGGCAACUUCACGUCCGGCAGCGCGUUUGCUACCAGCCUUGACAUCCUCGUCGCGGCGCUCGUGGCCAACGCCUCGUCCUCCUCGUCGCUCUUCGCCUCGGCGGCCGUCGGCGCCAGCCCGGACACGGCGUACGGCCUCGCGCUCUGUCGCGGCGACGUCACGGACCCCGGCAUCUGCUCGGCGUGCCUCGGCGACGCGUUCCGGCGACUGCGGGACCUCUGCGUCCGGGACAGGGACGCCACGUUCUACAGCGACGUGUGCACGGCCCGGUACUCCGGCGAGGACUUCCUGUCGCGGCCCGGCGACAACUCCCCCGUGAUCAACGCCAUGGACGCGAACGCGUCGGCGUACCUCGUGUGGGACGCCAGGAACGCGACGAGCCGGAGCUUAUUCCUGUCGCUGGGCGCCAACCUGUUCGGGGAGAUGGCCAUGUACGGGGCCUACAACUCCUCGGCGGCGCGCCGGUUCGCGAGCGCCGUCAUGUACAUCAACCCGCAGCUGCCGACGGUGUACGGGCUGGCGCAGUGCACGCCGGACCUCGCGCCGGCGCAGUGCUGGCGCUGCUUCGAGGGCCUCAGCGACCAGAUCGGGCAGUGGCUCGACAGACGCGAGGGCGGGCGCAUCCUCGGCGUCCGCUGCAGCUUCCGGUACGAGGCGUACAAGUUCUUUGCCGGCACGCCGGACGUCCAGAUCGGCCUGCAGGGCGGCCCAUCAACGCCUCGGAGCAAUGGAAACAACAAAAGAAAGGUUGUGAUUGUCGCUGUCGUCGUAUCAAUCACGGUGUUGUUCUGUGCCAUGGUUGCCGGCCUUCUGCUAAUAACACAAAGAAAGAGAGCCGGAAAGGCGGAGCUACUGGCGCGCGGGCGAGCACACUCCCGAAACAACUCCAAGACGGAGGAGGCGCUGAAGCUGUGCCGAAUCGAGGUCUACAACUUCGCCAAGCUGACGGCCGCGACCGGCGAUUUCUCCGACGAGAACCUGCUCGGAAAAGGCGGCUUCGGCCCUGUCUACAAGGGGAUACUGGCGGAUGGUGCCGAGAUCGCGGUGAAGCGGCUGGCGGCGCAUUCCGGGCAGGGGCUGGAGGAGUUCACGAACGAGAUCCAGCUGAUCGCCAAGCUGCAGCACACCAACCUGGUCCGACUCAUCGGCUGCUGCGUCCAGGAUGAGGAGAAGCUGCUCGUCUACGAGUACAUGCCCAACCGCAGCCUUGACUGCUUCAUCUUCGGCCAGCAGCAGGUGCAGUUGCUGGACUGGGAGAAGCGGCUGCACAUAAUCGAGGGGAUCGCGCAGGGGCUCCUGUACCUGCACAAGCACUCCCGGGUGCGGAUCAUCCACCGCGAUCUCAAGGCCAGUAACAUACUGCUGGACAAGGACCUGAACCCCAAGAUCUCGGACUUCGGCAUGGCCAGGAUCUUCGGCUCCAACAUGACAGAGGACAACACCAGCAAGGUCGUCGGCACCUAUGGCUAUAUGGCUCCCGAGUACGCCUCGGAGGGCAUCUUCUCGGUGAAGUCCGACGUGUACAGCUUUGGGGUGCUGCUGCUGGAGAUCGUCAGUGGCAAGAGGAACAACGGUCACCACCACUACGGGGAGUUUGUCAACCUGCUCGGAUACGCGUGGCAGCUGUGGAGUGAAGGCAAGGCGUUCGAGCUGACCGACCCGUCGCUGGGCGAGCGCGGCGACGCGGCGAGCAUCAUGCGGUGCAUCAGGGUAGCGCUCCUGUGCGUGCAGGAGAACGCGAUGCACCGGCCGACCAUGGCGGGUGUGACGGCGAUGCUGGCGGCCACGGACGGCACCACGGCGGCGCUCCCCGACCCGAGGCGGCCGCCGCACUUCGCCCUCAGGGUCGGCGGCGGCGACGAUGGAUCAGAGUCCCGGGCAUGGUCGCACAGCACGUCGUGCAGCACUAACGACCUUACCAUCACCACCCUCCAGGAGGGCAGAUGA